GACAAAAAGAGUCAGAGAUAAAAAAGAGAAAGGCAGAAAGUGAGAGAAAGACAGAAAGAGAGAGAGAGAACACAACGAAAGAAGGAAGCGAAAGAAAUAGAGAGAGACACAUGUAGUGAGAAAUAUCAAAAGAGAGAGCGAAAAAGAGAGAUAGAUAGAGAUAGAGAGAGGAAGCAAAAGAAAUACAAAGGGAGAGAGACACACGCAGAGAGAAAGAUCAAGAGAGAGACAGACAAAGAGAGAGACAGAGAGCGAGAAAGAGAGAGAGCGCGUCUGUGCGUGUGUGUUUGCAUCGCUUCCUCCUCAUUUGCAUUCGUUUCUCAGCGUCUUUUUUCCGCGCUCGCGCUCCCUCUAUCCAGACUUCGCAUUUGGAAAACCUCCUGGAAAAAAAAAAACACAAAAAAACAAAGGAGGAUCUGAAUCUCUAAUCUGGCGGAGAGGCUGAGGCUGCUGCUGCGUGUAGCUUGUACUGCUGUCGAAUAGAAAAGGGGCAUUUUUCCCCCAUUUUCAUUUUUUACGCGUUUUCUCUUUUUUGUUGCCCCCCCUCUCCAAGAGAACCAACCCUCCCUACACUGACUGAGCACCCAGCACCAGUACCCAGCCCCGGCUCGCGGAGACACACGUGCGUUUUUUUUAUUAUUCCAGGGGAAGCUCCGUUCUCCGUUCGCGCUUCGCCAGCAGCCACAGGACUGUCUUUCUGUCGCCAGUUUCUACAUUUUUAUUUAUCUGUGUUAUUUUUUCCCCUCGUUCGUCGCCGUUUCUCUCGGUGAGAGGGGGGGCUGAAGCGCUAGCCGCUCGGCGUUGUGUUUUUUAAGCCACAACUUCAGCAUGUCGGAGGUGCUGCCGUACAACGAGGAGAAAAUGAAUCGUUAUGGCGAUGACGGAGACGAGGACCAGCACCUUUCCUUCACCUGCCGCCUCCAGGACACCAACAACUUCUUCAGCGGCAACCAGAACAAGCGACCGCCCAAGCUCGGCCAGAUUGGGAGAAGCAAAAGAGUGGAGGAAGACAACGACGCAGAAGCGAUGGAGAAGACCACAGACAAGUCCUCAUCAGCGUGAGCGGACCCAAAGACACUUAACAACCACCUUUUGAUGUGUGUACCCAAAGACAUUGUAAAAAAAAAAGAAGCACUCUCUCUUUUUCUCCCAUCUGGCGACAAAGCACUUCACACUUGCUCUCCAACCUCCCCAUGUCCAUUGAACAGGGAUUGCUGAUGGACGUUGCGGCGGGCGCCCGUGCUUGGGGGGGUAUCUGGACGAAUGGGCCCAGGGGUCGUGGAGGAAUACUGUGUUUUCCAAACUUCACACAAGCUAUGUGCAAUGACAGAGGCCAGCCUCGUCAAACGAGGCUGGCCUCUCCUACCGGGAUAUGAUGAAGCAAUUAGAGAGACUGAGCCAAUUAUACCAUUAACAUCAAACCAGUGUCUUCCCCCAACUGCUGUGAUUUGACGCACAGUUUGCUGUCCAGUUGCCGCUGAUGAUGUUAAUGGUAAAAUAGCAAAGUCGACGUCUCUUCCACAGUGAACCUCUAAAGAGAUUCACUACGUAUUUAUUUAAAGGGGAUAAAAGGCUAUUUAUUAAAAUCUUUGGAUACAUUUUUUGCAGUGUUGGAGGUCCGAAUAAAUAUUUUAUAGAGAAUGACAGGGGAAAAAACAAGUGAUUUUUCCUUCCGAUUUAUGUUUUUUGGAUGUAGCUUGACUAAGGGAUUACCAUGGUCUACUCCCCUUUCCUUACUUCCUCCUUUAUGGUAAUUUCAUACAAACAUGCAUUUGAUGUUUCUGAGCUGACAAAGGUUAGAUCAGGUAUGUCAAGUUAAAAAGAAAACAAACAUAACAACAACAAAAAGAAUGGAAAUAAGAAAACCUUACUGUUGCAUUAUUAUUGUACUACAUAUUUAUUGUAGGUGUGCCAAAUAACCAUGACAGAAAUAUGUAUUUCUGUGCUCUCUUCACGUGCACAGGUUUAUUAAUAUUUGGUGUUCAUGUUUACAGGGCUUUUUUCAUACUAGUGAUGUACUUUAGUCAUGCAUGACGAAACCUCGAGACCUCAAGAGAAUCUUGAUUAUUAUAAUGGAUAAUGUUGUGUUUAUUUCACAGAACAUUUCUACAGGAAUAUCUGUAAUAUUAAAGAUUUUGAGAAAUGGAAACGAAAA